CGGACCAGAGGGUCGCGGACCUACAGAUAUACUUCGCACGCCCCAAAGUAACCCCCUCCAUUACUUCGGGUGCCAGAGGAGCUCCUUUGGCGCCGCCAAGCAGAUCCCGCCACCGAGUCUCAAAACCUCCCCGCUCUCUUACCAGCCAGGCGGGCCCGUGAAAAAAUCUCCCGGCGCUGCUCUCGGCUGGCGGCGCAGUCCCUCCUGCUCGCGGCUCCCCUUCUUGGCGGCUGGUUCCCUUCGGGGGUCGCUGGCUGAGCGCUGCUGUUCGGGCUCCCGGCGCGGGCGCUUCUGCACCUUUAAGCAGACAGAGGGAGGGGAGAGGAGGCGGCGGCUUUGGCCCGGCCCAGCCCGGCCCAGCCAAGUUCCUGCCGCCCGCGCGCCCGCCCCGGACAGCCAGUCUCAAGCCCCAAUCGCGCUCCGCCCAGCGCUGUUCGCUGCGGCCGUCGGGAGAGAGGGAAGGAAGGAAAGAAGGAGAGGAGGCGCAGCGCUCCUGCCAUGUAGAUCGACGCCGGCACGGAAGGCGGUCAGGCAGGAAGCAGCCGUCGCUCGCCGGCGUUCCUCGAAGCACCUGUCCAGGGGACCGCGAUGCGCCCCGACGCCCCGUGAGCCGCCGCCAUGGAGCCAGACCCGGGGCUGGGCUGGGGCUGGGCGGCCCUGGUGCUGCUUUUCGCUGCCUCCCUGCUCACUGUCUCGGCCUGGCUCCUGCAGUUCGCCCGCGGCUUGUGGCGCGUCCGCGGCCAGGCGACUGUGGGAGACGCGCCGCAGAGCAAAGCCGCUGCCGUCGCCGCCGGUGGCCUCUGGGCGUCCCUGCUGCGCUUGGGCUCGGCCCGGGAAGGCGCCGCCGUCUCCGACGCAUCGGGGGCCCGCGGCUUGCUGGCCUCGCUCUUCGCCUUCAGAGCUUUCCGCGAGAACUGGCAGCGGGCCUGGCUCCGAGCCCUCAACGAGCAGGCCCGGCAGCACGGGAGCUCAGUCCAGAUCACAUUUGAGGAGAGUCCUCAGCAACUACCAGCUGUAAAGAUCAACCACGUGACCUGCACAGACCAGUCGGAUCGCAGUAUGAUGUUGCGUUGCCACCUUUCAGCGGACACCCUGCAGUUCCCGGUCUCAGUCACUCAGCAGUCUCCAGCUGCCGUUUCCAUGGACACCUACCACGUCACCUUGGCUGUGCUGUGGGCCCAGGUGGAGAUCCACCUGGAGGAGAUUCCGGAGGAAGGGCUGCUGGUCUCCUGGGCAUUCAGAGACAGGCCGGAGCUGAACCUGUCGGUCACCCCAAGGCUCCAGCUGCGUGAAGAGAAUGAUGGGAAAGCGGACCUGUCCACCAUAAAGGACCUGAUUGAGGACUCUGUCAUCAGCACGCAGCCUGCCAUGAUGGUGAAUCUGAAGGCCUGUGUAGCUGGUGGAAACGUGGCAUCCUGUAAUGCACGGUCCCAGGGGUCUCCAUCUGGCACAGCAGCUCCCCUGAUGCCCAGACUGCUCCUCCAGCACCUGCGAGCUCUUCACUUGGGCUCUGAGGAGAUGCAAGGAAGUGGGCCACUGUGCUGCCUGGUGGAGCUGGACAGCCCUUGGCAGCAGAAGAGGACUAAGCCAGUGCUCACCAGUAACUCCAGCCCUGCAGCCGAGGUGGAGUGGGCUGACAAGCUCAUUCUGGAGCUUGGCCCAAAGAGCAAAGAGAUGAAGCUGAGUGUGCUUGGGAGCAGCACUUCUGGAGAAGAUGUGCUGUUUGGAUUUGCCACUGUCCCACUGGACUCCCCCUCCCAAGAGCCCCGGGGGCAGCAGCAGUACUUGCUGAGUCCUGGGGCUGUGAAGAAGCUGCCUCCAGCAGCAGCUGUGGCAGUGGAGGUGCUCUAUCAGGAACUGCCAGAGCUUCAGCCAGCCUCGUCGCUGCGCGCUAGCAUCACUCCCACCAAGAAGAUUGAGAUGGACCGCACCAUCAUGCCUGACGGGACCAUCGUCACCACCGUCACUACCAUCCAGUCCAGGCCCAAAAUGGACUGCAAGCUUGAUUCACCCUCAAGGUCUCCUUCAAAGGUGGAAGUGACAGAGAAAGUGACCACAAUGCUUCCAGAAAAUGGCUGUCCCAGCAGUGCUUCUCCAAGCAGUAGCAGAAGCAGUCAUGUGCCCAAUGGGUUGGACCCUGUGGCUGAGACGGCAAUCAGGCAGCUGACAGAUUUGACCAAUAAACCUGCCAAAAAGACGCCAACGAAACGCAGUACCCUCAUCAUCUCGGGAGUUUCCAAGGUCCCAAUUGCCCAAGAUGAGAUGGCCCUCUCCCUUGGCUACGCUGCCUCCCUGGAGGCCACGCUCCAGGACGACUCCAUCACAGCCGGCAUGUCGGAAUAUGCGCAAAGCAUCACAGACCCUGCUCAGCAGCUGGAAGCCUCGUACUCUGCCCAAAGGGCCAGCGGGGAGCUGGAUGAGACCACACGCUCGGACAUCUCCGAGAGGCCCUCAUUGGAGGACAUGGAAUCUGAAACAGGCUCAACGGGCGCUCUGGAGACCAGGAGCCUGAAAGAUCACAAAGUGAGCUUCCUUCGGAGUGGCACUAAACUCAUCUUCCGGAGGAAGAACAAGCAGAAGGAAGCUGGCCUCAGCCAGUCACACGAUGACUUGCCCAACACCGGCGCUGGCUCCUCCAGCAGGAAGAAGUCUGGCAGCUUCUCGCGGCGUCUCAUCAAGCGCUUUUCCUUCAAGUCAAAGUCUAAACCCAAGGCCAACGGCAGCACGUUGGUCAUGGACAAGCACUGAGAAGCUGGUGCUCAGACAGUGUUCACCAGAAGCAUCCUGUUGUCAAUGUUCUCCUCACUCCGUAUUUGCAUCACAGCCCAAAUUCCUCUCUCCUCUAGGGCCUACCUGGAUGGUUGGUGUUUGAUGUUUGGAACUUUUGCCAAGUAGCUACUGUGAACGCCACGGCCUCCUUGUGGCAUAACCCACAAUGGCCCUCUUUGUGGCUGAUCUGUGUGCUCCGUCUUGGAGUGUUUGUGCGUGUGGAGGGGGUAGGAUGCAGACCCCACAUGCUACCUUCAGCCUGAAUUUGAAAUCCUGGGAGUGCAUGAAGGAGAAGACUUAUGGUGGCUUAACACCACCCCUCUUUCUGUGGGGCAUAUCUUAACACUGUUGUGGGGACUGGGCAAUUAGACUAGUUCAUUUGGCUGAGUUACUGGCCUUUGUGAGCUCUACUGCAGUUGCCCAAUUUGUUUGGACAUGUCAAAACGAUAUCCAGGUGAGCCUCCUUGGGCAUUACAGUGGCUUCUUUCCUCUUUCAUGGAAGCAACUGAUGUCACUGUAGCAGGAGCCAACAGAUCUAGUCCUUCGUGGCAGAGGCCCCUGCUGCCCCCGCCACCACCACCUCCUCCUCUUACCUGGCCCAUCGUUUUUGGAGAUGAGAUAAGGGGGAUCCUGCCCAGGUUGCUUUCUUUGCAAUGGGAAUCAGGAAGUCUUCUCUGGAAAGAAGUGGCCCUUCCUGUUCUUUGACUCUUCUCUCUGGGUUUAACGUGAGUGGAAGAACCGCUGCUGAUCCGCCCUGCGUCAGGGCAUGGAAGUGAAGGUGCUGCAGGAUGCUGCCUCCAACUCGCUGAUCAUGGAAAAAGAUCAUUCCAGAGGGACUCAUAAGGAUGACUCUUGAAUUGUGGCGUAGUGCUGAAUUAUCACUCCAAAAACGAGGCCUGGUGUACCGGAGUGGAGUUGAACAGCACCUUUUGUAAAAUCCUCCUGGGUGCUGACAGGCAAUGUAUGUCAUGGGAAACAAGGAAGGAAGGAACUGGUUAGGCUGGGCUGGUCCCUCCCUGCAGGUAGCUGAAAAGGGGUGGGGGUGGGAGGGGAGGGGCUUUCAUGAUAAGGAAACAGCCUCUUGGGUCAUCCAAAAAGUCAGUACUCAGGUUUUGCAACAAUUGCAAAUGACACUUGCCCACAACAAAAUGUUUUUUCCUUGGAAGUUGUGUCUGCAGGGUGUGCAAGAGGAAGGGCUGAUCAGUGAGGGACACAGGAGAAGCCCACCCAAGUAGGCUUGUUUGAGUGCUGCAGAGAUGAGACUUGGCCAGCCACAGCUAGUCUGUAGGCAGCUAGUGUAUCCUCUCUAUUUCUUUUUCUCUUUGACUAGUGUGUGUCCUCAGGCCAAGAGGUCGGCUGCAGCCUCUCAGCAAAUAAAGGCUUGCCCUGUGCUGGGAGUGCCUUGAAAACUCUGCAGUCGUGGCUUCCUGCCACUACCACCCGGAGUGCCCCUAGGUUGCCACUUCAAGUUGAAGGCAGCCCUGCCCUGUGCUCCUCUUUGUUUUGGGGGCCUCCAUCUUCAUCAAGGUCCUGGGCAGCAGAGGACAAAAAGCCAGAAUUCUGGUUUGGGGCUGAAUAAACUAUUGUGAGAAAUCCUCUUGCAGGCUGUGCUGGAGCGAGGCUUCUGGCAGUCGAAGGUGCCCUGGUGCUGCACUCAUCUUAGAGUUGACCUUUAAUUCACCUUCAGGCCAAGCAGAGAUGGAGCACCUGUGGCCCUCCUGAUGUUGUUGGACUCCCAACUCCCAGAAGCCAGCGUGAUGAUGGGAGUUGUGGUCCAACACCUGGAGGGCCAUAGAUGUGUUCCUCCCCCACCCAUUAAGCAAUAACUGUUCUGUGCCAGUGCACAUGGAGCAAAUCUGCCUGUGCAGUGGCUGUCUUGGCCUUGGAGCAGAGACUCCACUGCAUUUUAACAGACUAUUUGAUGAGUCCUUCUUGGGGGGGAAAUGGGGAGGGAAGGGCUCUUAUACAAGAAAUGUUCCACCUGGCACCUGCCAGUUCUGUAUUUUAGCACUGGAGAAGACAGGUAUCACUAGAAGCCAUUUGUGCAGGAUGAUGCAGCAUCCCAUGCCAAUAGUCACACUUGCCCUUGUGCAGGAAGAUGGUGACAGCACAGGCUGAAUCCCCUGGCAUAUUUGAACUGUGAAGAUAGUCUGUGCUGCAUGCAUACCAACCUCCCCCCCCCGCAUGCAUACACACACACACACACCCCUACCUACCUCCUGGGUGAAGCCCCUUCACUUGAAUUAAGCCAGUUUGAACACUGCAGCUUUGUCAGUGUUUCCUAAUUUAUCACAUUUGUCAGUUCACUAAUCAUGGAUUCCGUACAAAUGUUCACUUGAAAGUAGCUGGAUCAGUGGUGCUUGCAGCCUCUGCUGGUCUGGCCAUUUUUUGCAUUUCUGAGUGGGAUGUUGAUUGGACAGUGUUGUGGGAUCGCAAUCUUGAAAAACUAGUCCAAUAGUUACUCUUGCAAUCUGCUUCUUGGGUUUGUAUAAAUUGCUGUGGGUAUAAACCAACUCUGGUGGUAUGCCUGAACAGUGGAUUAGUGGUGGGGAGGGUUGCCUGCAGCUGGGCAUCAUUUUUAGCAAAAGGAAAACCAAAGGUUUCAGCAAGAGGGUGUCAGUCACUGUGGACCUCUUGAUGGCCAAGUUUAACUGCUGCAUGCCUAACAGCUGAUGUUAAGGAGCUUGGCAGAUGAAACCCUCUGGUUGCAGCUCUCUAUGGGUCUUCCUGAUAUCUCUCCUCUUAAGACCCUGGACUUUGGAAUGUUUCUCUGUUCUUAAAAAGAGAGACGUGGCUGAAGGUUCCUGGCCAGAGUGUCCCUGACUGCCUUUUAUGCUAGGAGUUGAGGCAUUAUCAACCUAGGCCUCACCCCAGGCCUAUUCUAGUCCUUUUUUAAAAGGCCACUGACUAGUCAGGUAUAUAUGUGUAUAUAUAACUAAGAGGGAAUUAAACAUAAGAGAUUCCUGGCAAUAGGUAAUGAAGGGUUCCCUAGGCCAGUGACUGUCAAGAGAAUUAAAAACCACAGGCUCAGUACAGCAUUAAUGUGAUAUCUUGAGUACCUUAGACUUGCACCCAUAGUGCAGCCAGCAGCUCGUGGUUUUCCCUUACUACUCAGGAUUUAUCAAUCUGAGAAAUGGGCACAAGGUCUCUCCUUUACAAUAUAUUUUCGUAUGGAAUGAAAUGUGACAGGCUAAGAUGGGGACUGAACAUCAUUUAAGGCCCCGUCAUUGUUCCCUUUCAGUCUCCCUGGUGAAAAAGGACUUUGGCUUUCUUUUGUCAGCUCUUGAACACAACACAGUUUGUGGCCUUGACCUUAAAUCCUCCACCCAAGUCCACUUAGAGCAAUGGAGCCAGCUGGGAUUAGGAAUACUGAAUACUGGUUCAUGCCUCCUGGUUGGCAAGGGUUAGUCUCAGUGCCAGGGGAGGGGAGGGAGAACAUUACUUAGGUUAGCACAAGGGGGUCCUUUCUCCCCUCCCUGCCAGGUCAUCUGCAUUCAGUUUUCUCUCUCCUUGGGCAGGAGGAGUUGCUCUGUUCUUUCUUCGGGCUCCCCAGCAGUUAAUGGCUCCCCAGCAGUUAAUGGCUCCCCAUGAGGCCUGAGGCAGGAUGGUGCAGUAGCUCUGUGUGUUCUCUCUAUCUCACCCCCCCCUUCAGUCACAUUUUUUGGGUGGUGUGGGAUGCUUGGGAAAGCUGAGCUGCCUAGUCUCCCUACCUCCUGCCCCUGCUUAGCUGUUGUCCUCUAGGCUGUGCCACCUUUGUUCACUUGUGCAGGUGCUGGACCAAUCCCCCCAAAAGGAGCCUGACCUCACCUUCCCCCUUCUGUAUCUGAGACCUUCUCUGUGGGUGGAUCACUGUAACCCCCAGAUUGUUUAGAUUGAACGAAAUAGGAACUGUGUAAAUAUCAAAAGGACUAGAGUAAAACACAAUUAUUGAAGGACGAGUGUGAAAUUCUGCACCUUUAUGUAUGUUGGGAAAGUUCCCCUGCUGUGUGAUGGUCUGGACUUUAACUUAUUAAACGGAAUUGGAACUACAAGCGGCCUCCAGCCCGUCUCUCCCACAGC